GGUGCUGGCUGCUCCUCCUCCAUGUGAUUGGCGGCUCCUCGGCUCUGGGAGGCCGGACUCUGGGCGGACUGACCCGCAAGCACUGACCGCGGCAAGUGAAAACUGUCAAUGUCACAGGAUCCUGGAUCAGCUGCGCGUCUGUUCGAUCCCCGCACUUCAACGUCCACUGACCCACAGGAACAUCGCACAGUCUCCUGAGGACUGAAGUCACAGCAGCUUCAAGUCAUCUUCAGGCAGGAUGAACUCUCUCCCAGGCAGAGCAGCGCUGUCUCUGUGCAGGCGCACGGCCGCGGGCGGGCUGAGGGUCCUGGCCGGCUCCCCGGGUCACCCCUCUGGGAGCCUGCCGGCGGACAGAGCCUCUUUCCAGGCUGUGCGGGUCUGUCACUCCGGGAAGACCCGCAAGGGCAGCAUCAGCACCAAGAAGCGAGGCUACGACAUCACCAGAAACCCACACCUCAACAAGGGCAUGGCGUUCACCCUGGAAGAGCGCCUCCAACUGGGCAUCCACGGCCUGCUGCCCCCUUGCUUCCUCUCCCAGGACGUGCAGGUCCUGCGGGUCAUGAAGAGCUACGAGACGCGCUCCAGCCCUCUGGACAAGUACAUCCUGUUGAUGACGCUACAGGACAGAAACGAGAAGCUGUUCUACCGUUUGUUGACCUCUUACAUCGAGGAGUUCAUGCCCAUCGUGUACACGCCCACCGUCGGUCUGGCAUGUCAGCAGUACGGACUCGCCUUCAGGAGACCACGAGGACUCUUCAUCACCAUCCACGACAAAGGACACAUUGCCUCCAUGCUCAACUCCUGGCCAGAAGAAGACAUAAAGGCCAUCGUUGUGACAGAUGGGGAGCGUAUCCUCGGGCUUGGUGACCUUGGAAGCUACGGGAUGGGGAUUCCUGUCGGGAAGCUGGCGCUCUACACGGCGUGUGGGGGUGUUCGGCCACAUAAUUGUCUCCCGGUCCUGCUGGACGUCGGCACUGACAACCAGACGCUGCUCGAUGACCCACUGUACAUCGGACUGAGGCACAAGAGAAUCAGAGGAAAGGAAUAUGACGACCUGGUGGAUGAGUUCAUGCAGGCGGUGACAGACAAGUACGGGAUGGACUGUCUCAUUCAGUUUGAGGAUUUCGCCAACAGCAACGCCUUUCGCAUCCUCAACAAAUACAGGCAUCGCUACUGCACCUUCAACGACGACAUCCAAGGCACGGCCUCAGUAGCUGUUGCCGGGGUCUUAGCUGCUCUGAAGCUCACCAAGAACAAACUGUUAGACCACACCUUUGUUUUCCAAGGAGCAGGCGAGGCGGCUCUGGGUAUCGCUAACCUGCUCAUCAUGGCCAUGGCCAAAGAGGGGGUAUCCAGAGAGGAAGCUGCCAAGAGGAUCUGGAUGGUCGACUCCAAAGGUCUCAUUGUGAAGGGAAGAGGUCAUAUAAACCACGAGAAAGAGGAGUUUGCCCACGACCACCCACACCUGAAGACACUGGAGGAGGUCGUGGAAACCAUCAAACCCACUGCCAUCAUAGGCGUGGCUGCUAUCAGAGGAGCAUUUACUGAGAAGAUCAUCAAAAACAUGGCGUCCUUCAAUGAGAGGCCCAUCAUCUUCGCCCUGAGCAACCCCACCAGCAAGGCAGAGUGCACGGCGGAGCAGUGCUACACGCUCACAGAGGGUCGUGGCAUCUUCGCCAGUGGAAGUCCGUUUGACAAGGUGACGCUGGCUGAUGGACGCACCUUCUACCCCGGGCAGGGAAACAACGCAUACGUCUUUCCUGGAGUGGCUUUGGGUGUUAUAGCCUGCAGGGUGCGCCACAUAUCUGACGACAUCUUCCUCACCACAGCAGAGGCGAUAGCUGAUAUGGUAACAGAGGAGCACCUGGCUGAGGGACGGCUUUAUCCUCCUCUGAGCACCAUCAGAGAGGUGUCCUUCAAGAUAGCAGUUAAGGUUGUCAACCACGCGUACAAACACAACAUUGCUUCGGUGUACCCCGAGCCUAAAGACAAGGAGGCGUUUGUGCUGUCUCACAUCUACAGUCCUGAUUACGACUCCUUCACUCUGGACUCCUACGGCUGGCCACAGGAGGCCAUGAAGGUCCAGGACGUGUGAUCAGCUGGUGUCUAAACUCAAUACUCUGCCCUGGCAUCACGCCCAAAUUCUGCAUUGCCUCCAUAAAUACAUACUUAGCCAAUGAUAUGCAACAUGCUUUUUUUUUUCUUAUUAUGGUUUGUUUAAAAAAAAAAAAGUUGUUUCCAUAGCACUCAUUAUCAACUUGCUGCCCAUCAAACACUGCCACAUGCUGUAUAUAGAUCUUCUCUAUGAUGCCGGUCAGACCUGGUAUCAAAUUAACAUUUGUCCUGAGUGAUCCGAUCACAAGUGGUCGGCUCUAAGCACAAGUGUGAACGCUCCUUAAUGUGUCAUGAGAUCUCAUUCUUCUUUGCUGCAUGAAUGCAAAUCUGUCCUGGAUCACAUGAAGGGCCUGCAGCAGGUCAGCUGACGUCUCCGACCUGCUGCAGUUUCACAAUGAGUUAAACCCAUUUUUGCGCCUCUCAGUGACCAUGUUCUUUUGUUUGUGGCCCCAGCAUCGAGGUCGUUCAGCACACAAUGGCCGAUGCUUCGCUUAAAUUGGUCGAAUCUUUGGUCACAGUAGAUCUGCAGCUCAUUGUGUUCAGUCAUUGCUUGCUCCCUCUGAUUCAUGUCGACACACACACACACACACACAAAUCAUUUGUCCCUCACAAACACAAAUGACGCACAUGUUUAUUUGAUUAUAUGCGUGUUAGUAAGAUCCAAUCACAAGUGAUAUCUUAAUUUCCUGUGUGAACCGGGGAACUUCACGCUAACCUCAGGAGGAAUGUGGUACCAGGUCUGUGUCUUGUUUCCUGUGCUGUACUUCUUUUUUUUUCGUUCUCUGAAAGUCGAAGAAAAACCUUUUGAUAUAUCAAACAUCCUGAAGCGUGUCAUCUAUAACUCUAUGUUUGAAACUGCUUCUCCGUCACUAGAUUCUCCAGCUGAGAUGUAAUGCAGUAUUUAAACGCAUGUGCAGUGAAUUAUCUGUUUCUGACCCAAGCAUCGGAGCUGGUGCACGAGUAACAUUCUCGUCCCGACACAGACGAUGAGAACUCAUUUUGACACUUGGUGAGAAAAUGCAUCAGACCAGCAGAAACUCUGGGGUCCUCUAACUGUGUGACCUCAGGUCAUCACUGAUCCACAUUAUGAGUUAGAGCCUCUGUGGCCCUGCUCAUCCCUUCAGCUGCUUCCUCAUAUUUCACACUCCGGUCAGUGUGUGCACGUGUGUUAACCUGCACACACUGAAAAACACUCCAGCUUCAUCCUGUGUUUCUGUUGCCUGUUUUCUGUAGUAUGCUCAGAGAAAGCUUUCCCCUCAACUGAGUGCGACCGUCAGGAUGUCUCCUUUUAUGGUAGUGUGUUUUCCUCCAGUUUAGUACGGAGCUCUGCCUGUUGUGUUUUUGCCAAAGUAACAGAUGAGAUGUAUCUUAUCUUAUUUUACUCUUAGAGAAUAUGAUGCUCAGAGCGCUUUAGUACUGCGAGACAAGCUUGACGUUUUUUAAAGAGAAAAUUAAACUUUUUCAAUAAAAUUGUUGUGACAAUA